AUGGUACAUUGGGGUGGAUUUGCAUGUUGCCUAGGCGCCGCUGCUCUCUAUCUUCUCAGCCAGAGAACAGGCAGGGAUGCUGAGAUUCUCAAAUCAGUCACUAGGGUUUGCCAGCUCGAUUAUUUGGCGGAAUUGCUAGAAGCAGAGAGGCCUUUGAUCGUCGGAGUAUGGGGAAGAGUUGGGUCUGAGACACCUAUCAAGAGUGAGCAUAGUGGUAUACUCGGUGUUAUUGUCGAGGAAGAGGCAGAACACCAUUUUUUGAAACGUAAUUGGAUGUUUUCAUGGGUUCAAGAUUGUUCAUUGAUGCAGCCGAUGAGUAAACAAGUCCCUUGGUAUCUGGACGAUGGAACAGGUCGUGUGAAUGUAGCGGGAACUCAAGGUGCAAUAGGCUUCACGUUGACGGUUGGAAGCGAAGUAUUCGAAAAGCCAGAGCCGUCUUCGCUUGUACGAGGAACAUUAGAUUAUCUCCGAGGCCUCAAGAUGCUUGGAGUAAGACGCAUCGAGCGUGUUCUUCCAAUUGGUACACCACUUACCGUUGUUGGUGAGGCUGUCAAGGAUGGCAUUGGAGAUGUCAGGAUUCGAAAACCCGAGAGAGGGCCUUUCUACAUCUCUCCAAUACCGCUCGAGCAGCUCAUCUCUAACUUGGGAAAGUGGUCAAGGAGGUUCAAGUAUGCUGCCAUAGGUUUAACUAUUCUCGGGGUGAUUCUGAUAUCAAAGCCUGUGAUUAAAUAUAUUCUAGGAAGAAUUGAAUAUAUCAUAGAGAGAACUGAAUAUACUCUAGAGACAAGGCGGCGGCGACUGUUACAGAAAAAAGUUGUUGAUGCAGCUGCUAAAAGAGCGGAAACAGUAUCUAGAGAACUGGAAAGGCUACAUGGGAACAGCUCAGAUGUUACAAGCAGAGAUGGCGAUGCACCUGAUCUCUGUGUGAUCUGCUUUGAUCAGAAGUGUAACGCUGCUUUUGUGUGGUCAUAUGUGCUGCUGCAUAACAUGCUCCAUGAAGUUGCAGGGGAAGUCUUGUCCUCUUUGCCGGAGACCAAUAGAUCAUGUUUUGAAGAUCUACCGCCAUUGAAGACAAAACUCAGCUUGCACAUUUGGACUAAACCUUCCGAUCUACUAAACCCAAUUCACCAGCAAACAAUCCUUGAGUCUCUCGUAUGCGCAGCCGCUCUUUAUCUUCUCAGCCGGAGAACUGGCAGAGAUCCUGAGAUUCUCAAAUCAGUCACUAGGGUUUACCACCUCAAGGAUUUGGCGAAAUUGCUAGAAGCAAAGAGGCCUUCGAUCAUCGGAGUAUCUGGAAGAGUUGGCUCUGAGACACCUAUCAAGAGUGACCGUAGUGGUAUACUUGGUGUUAUUGUAGAGGAAACGGAGGAUGGGACAGGUCGCGUGAAUGUAGCGGGAGCUCAAGGUGCAACAGGCUUCGCGUUGACGGUCAGAAAUGAAGUACUCGAAAAGCCAGAGCCGGCUUCGCUUGUCCUAGGAACAUUAGAUUAUCUCCGAGGCUUUAAGAUGCUUGGAGUAAGACGCAUUGAGCAUGUUCUCCCACUCGGUACACAGCUUACCGUUGUUGGUAAGGCUGUUAAGGAUGGUAUUGGGGAUGUGAGGAUUCAAAAAACCGAGCAAGGCCCUUUCUACGUCUCACCUGUGCCGCUCAUCACUAGCUCAGUAAAGUGGUCAAGGAGGUUCAAGCAUGCCUCCAUGGGUUUAACUCUUCUUGGUCUGUUUCUGAUCUCAAAGACUGCGAUUGAAUAUUUUCUUGAUGCUUAUGCUAAGAGAGAAGAACGAGUGACUCAAGGUUUGGAGUUUGCAGUUAACAUAAUGUCUCUCUCACCAGGAUUGAAAAGGAAACAUGAGACCAGCUCAGAUGGUUCAGACACAGAUGGUGAUGCACCUGAUCUUUGUGUGAUCUGCCUCGAGCGCAAGUAUAACGCCGCUUUUGUUCAGGGAAGUCUUGUCCGCUUUGCCGGACACAAAUUGAUCAUGUUUAGAAGAUCUACCGCCAUUGAAGACAAAUCUCAGCUACAUCCAUUGGAAGUCAUUGGACUAAACCUUCCGGUCUGCUAA